UUGGCGUGGAACUUCUCGCAGCUCGUGCUUGAUUCUGAACGGAACGCUUUUGAUUCGGUUUACGGAAGUUGCUCGUCAUUAUUUACUGCACCGGAUCAGAAUCGCUUUCGCUGCUCGGUGUCAGACAGCAGAAUGCGGUUGACAUGUCGGCUGCUGUUCGCUGGCUGUAUGUUGUGGAGUUUGUCGAUCACGGCGGCGAUAGAGCCGAUCAGCACCAGCAUCGCGGUCGGGAUGGCCGCGGCGCUCACCGGAUUCCUGGCCCGUUAUCAGAACGUGCUCUAUUACUUCCAGGAGUGCUGCAGACCCGAGUGGAUCUCAUACAACAAAUCAGUACAAUGAAAGUUCGGCCGCCUCGCACAUGGACAACCGUACUGCACUUAAUCCUGAUCUCAGGGCUGGUCGUGGAGGCCAUAGAGCCCGUGUCCACCUCGCUGCUGCUGGGGACGGGAGCUGCAGUGCUGGGCAAGAAACUCUAUCGCUACUUAUAUGAAACAUGCGAUGAAAACUGGCUCCACUUUAAUGCAACAGGACUGAAGUAUGACCUCAGCACGAAGCUGUACGGGCAGCAUGUCGCGGCUCAGGUCAUCCUGAAAGCCGUCACAGGCUUCAUGAACAACGAAAACCCAAAGAAACCGCUGGUUCUGUCCCUCCACGGCUGGACCGGGACCGGGAAGAACUUUGUGAGCCAGCUUAUAGCGGAAAAUAUUUACCAGAAAGGGAUGAUGAGCAAUUUUGUUCAUCUGUUUACAGCGACAGCACACUUUCCUCACGAGGCUCACAUUAACAAGUACAAGACCCAAUUACAGGAGUGGAUACGAGGGAAUGUUUCUAUCUGUCCACGUUCGAUGUUCAUCUUCGAUGAAAUGGAUAAAAUGCAUCCCGGGCUGAUCGACAGUAUUAAACCUUACCUGGACUUCUACGACAACCUGAACGGAGUGUCGUACAGAAAGGCCAUCUUCAUCUUCCUCAGCAACGCUGGAGGUGAGAAAAUCGUUGAGGUGGCUCUGAAUUUCUGGAAGGAUGGUAGAGAACGAGAGGAGAUCCAGCUGAAGGAUCUAGAGACGGCACUGUCACUGUCCGUCUUCAACAACAAAAACAGUGGUUUCUGGCACACUAGCUUAAUCGAUAUGAACCUGGUGGAUUUCUUCGUGCCAUUUCUUCCUCUGGAGUACAAGCACGUCAUUCAGUGCGGUUUGGCUGAGAUGGUCUCCAAGGGUCGCGCCCCAGAUAAAGAAGUGGUUGAAACCAUGGCCCGCGACCUGAACUACUUCCCUAAAGAGGAGCGUGUCUUCUCCAUGCAGGGCUGCAAGGUCAUUCCCGCCAGACUGGACUUCUAUGUUUGAUCUUCUGUGUGCUUUUUUUUCCCACAGAACUUCUUCUGCAAUAGAAGGAAUUGCAGAAUUGCUCCUCAGACUGAAUUAUACGAUGUCACGCUCUCUAAAGACUAUAAAGCAGGGGAUGUUUUUACUCAAUCACAGGUGUUUUAUACAAUAAUGGAGACUGUUUUAUUCAUGUCAGCUCUGCUGCUGAAGUCCUUGUUCUCAAGGGGGUUUCUGUUCAAGAUGAUGAAGUUUCAGAGGAAGCUUUUUAAUUAAAUGACUUUGCACAUUGUGGAGCUCGUAAAAACACUGGCCGUCAGCGAUUUUAUAAUGAUCUGUAUUAAUUAUGAUGGGGGAAAAGUUAAUUUGCCUUUAUCUUGAAAUAUCCCAGAUGCGUUCAUUUCUGCCUUUUUUUUUCCAAGUUGAGGAUGAAGAUCCGGAAGAUGACUUGAAUCUCAUUUUGACCAAUGAAACCUAAAGAUCAUUUGUGUUUCCAAUUUGUCAGGAUUCAUAUUCGUGUCGUCGAUAUGUACCACUGAUUCUGAUUGAAGGUUUUGUUGAGUAAAUCAAAGUGCCUGUUUAUCUUAAUAGAAAAAAAACUUGAUUUAAACAUAAUUUCAUAUUUGAGACAUUCAUGAAACUUUUAUUUUUCAGUUGCACCAAGAUAAAACGGCAAAAUACUUGAUCUGCGUAUUGAUUAGGAUAAAGCUGUAUGAUGUAAACAGACUCACUCUUGAGAAUUCUAUUCAUGUUCACACUGACAAGUUAAUUUCUAUAUCUUUUUCAUCGAGUUUCCCAGUGGUCCAUGAUUCACUGGAUCAGGAGUUUUAAAAUGAUUAGACAUUGCUGAGACAGAUGUCCGUCAGAUACCAAGCCUAGAAAUGAACAGAAUAUAAAAAUGUCUUUACGAAUUCAGAUGUCUAGAAAUCACAAUUUAAAAAUUCCCCGAUAUUUGCAGAUUUACCAAAAACAAUGUGCACAUGAAUGCGCCUAAUUAAUUGAACCAUGCCCAAUUUGAUCAUUUUCACAAUGUGUAAUUACGAAAAAUCAUAAUUUGCUAGAUUUGUACACUUUCCAUUUAGUGCCAUAUUUAUCACAUGUCGAAUAGUAAACAAUGUAUCAGACAUUUGAUGUCUAUUUUAAAUCUCACUUAAAAUAAUGACUCUGUAAAUGAUGACUUUUUAUGGCAUCUGAAUUAUCUAAAUGAUAGGUGCGAAGUGUCCCAGGACACUGUGUAAAUACAGUGAUAUUGCUGUGAUGCCAUCACAAUACAGCAGUAUUUCAGCUGCUCUCCUAAAACAGAACCAUUCAUGAAAAAUAAUAAACCCAAGAGAAACAGUGUAACAUUUUAUUUGAAAAUAAACAGCACUUCUGAUUUCUGAUCCACAUGUUCUUGUGAGCUUUGGGUCCAGAUGUGUAGACAAAACUCCAUCAACUGUCUUUAAACAAUCUUUUUCCAAGGUGUUUCCGAUGACAACA